UUUCAUGGAAGAUCUAUAGAAAGAGUAGAGUAGAAAGUUUGACUUGAGCAUAGUAGCUUGACAACAAUAAGCAACAUUUAAACUUCCAUAUAAUUUAGUGGGGUUUAUUAGUUAAGUAAUUGUUGUUAGGCCUCUUAUGUUUGUCUACUUCUUUAAUCAAAGUUGAUGUUGUUAUAUGAAGUGAAAUUUAUAUUUUUUUUAUUUAAUGCUAAAAAUUAAAAAAAGGAACACAUAUGUAUGUAACCGACAAACCGAAUAUACGAAACUAAUAUAAACGGUAAGGUUAAUCGUAAACUCAAAGUGGUUAACAAUUAAUCGAGAGCCAACUAUACGGAUCUGAUUAUAACCGAACCGAUUACCAGCCCUACCUGUAUUAACCAGGAUACAUACCUCUUUGGCGAGAUGAGCGUAGAAGAGGGCGGAGAGAGGGGUCUGCUCGGCGGGCUUGACGACCAUGGUGCAGCCGGCGGCCAAGGCGGGGCUGACCUUCACGAAGAACAUGGUGCUGGGGAAGUUCCACGGGAUGAUGAGCCCCACCACGCCGAUGGGCUCGAGGAGUGUGUAGGCGUGAAGCUCCCGCGACAUCUUCAGGACCUGGCCGUGGAUCUUGUCGGCGGCGCCGGCGAAGUAGCGGAGGGUGUUGGCCACGGAAGGGAUGUCGACCGCUUUGCCCCAGCUGAACAGCUUGCCGGCGUUCAGGGUGUCGAGGGUCGCCAGCUCCUCGAUGUGUUGGUCGAUCAGGUCCGCAAAUUUGUGCAUUAUCUUUGCCCUUGCCUGACAAUUAAGAAAUAAGAAAUGUAACAUUUUUUUUUAUGGUUAACUAUUAAACUGUCUAGGUAGAUAUUUAGCAAUAUUCUCGUCACUUAAUAUAUCAACCUAAUCGAUAAUGUGAUCAACCGAAAAAAUCUUCACUAAAUUCCAGAUUAAGUCAAUGAGAGUUUAAUUACCACAAUUUACGAUAUAUAUGAAGAAACAAGACAAUAAUAAUAAUGUGGGUGUGUCACACAAUGUACGUGCUCGAUAUAAACAAACAUCCAAACACCGAGAAGACGAGAAGUUGUUACAAAUCCUACAAUUAGGGAUCGUCGUAACUAAUUGCUUGUUCCAAUUAUAUCUCUCCCAACAACUAGCUACCAGCAACGUGUAACAUUAUCCACGCUCUCACCGCUUAACAAAACAUUUCAAUCUUUACUCACUGGAAAGAUUGAAGUAAAAAUCUUCACUGAAUUAAAUCAAUUGGAUUUUGGUCCCCGGUUCAUAAAUGUUUUUGAUAGGUUCUCUCUCCCACCGUCGGCGGCGAAAAACUAAUAACAAUCGCCUAUCCAACUCCCACCGUCGGCAAUAAAUAAUCAACAAGACGUGAGAGGUGGGUGGGAGACCCGGUCCUUUUUUCAUAUUCUUGGGUUGAAUUUCUACUUUUACGACAUAGUUGGUUUUGGUAUUUUUUGCUCUGUUUUGGGUUUUGCAUGACGAAGAAGCUGUGCAUGGAAUCUACGAAUCGGAAGCUCUCCAGGCAGACACGUGACGACGGGGAAGGAAAAAAGGCUUUUGGUAAAACAAUCUAGAAGCUCAGAGGAAAACGCCAAACACGGCCAUGGGACCAGCGGCAGGCUGUCUAAGUAAACAAUCUAGAAAUCGAAAUGAGGGACUUAAAAAAUUUUACGUUCAAGAGAUUUGAAAGAUAAUUGGAAGGAUGCUAAAUUCUUAUUAAAAAAAAAGUGUGCUGCACCUAGGGCUGCAAAUGAGCCGAGCUGCGUUCGACUCGAGCCGAACACGAGCUCACCUUUGUGAAGCUCGCGAGCUAGCUCGACUCAGUGGCUUGUUCAGCUAAACUCGUGAGCUGGCUCGUUUAGAGCUCAUGAUAUGUCUUAACAUGUGGCUAGAGAGCCAACUCGAUUAUCAACUUAUGGACGAAUCAAUCUAUAUCUUAUGAUUUAAUUCAUAUGGUUGUUAAAUUAUAUAUCUCACCGUAUAUAAAGUUUAACACGUUGA